AUGGGUACUCCAUCUUCUCUACCCACAAACCCUAACCCCAGUCCCAGUCCGCCGCUACCUCAAUCACCACCACCGCAAACGCAGCCGCUACCUCAAUCACCACCACCGCAAACACCACCACUACCCCAAGGCCAAACACCAACUCUCAUUCCGCCGACCCCCCUCUCGCCACAAACUGAGCCACAAAAUGAAACACCCAUUUUCGAAACUCAGUUCCCAGAACCAAUGCCUGAACCUGUGCCAACUCAAACGAAAUCCAAAGGUAAAACUAAAAAAGCUGCAGGUAGACCCAAGAAAGCUACUGUCGAAAAAAGAAAAGGAGCGCCCUCUGUUCCUUUGGACUUAAACUCUCCACCUCAACCUUCCUCUGAACCAGUCAGCAAAAGAACUAGGUCCUCCUCGCACAUUCCACCACCAGUGGUUCAAACCCCUGUAUCUCAGUCACCCUUAAACUCUCCAGCAGCACCUGCGUCAUCUGCCAAUGAUAUAGAGGAGGGUUCGGGCUAUAAAAAUAUUGAGUGGCAACAAACCAUCUAUGACCCUGUUCAGUUCUGGAAAGACAUUGCACCUUUUGGGGGACAUACCUAUGCUUUGUUACAGCAGCAUCCUGAAGCCAGUGGUACUGCAGACCCAACUACCUUUGCACCAGCAGAACCCCAAACAACCACUGCCCCGCAGUUUUCAGCAGAUAUUUUGUCCCUCUUAAAAUCCUUGGAAUCUAAAAUAGCCAGUUUCACUGUCCAACCAUCUGUUCCCUCACCUGACACCAUAGAUAUCCUUGCAACCUUGAAGAGCUUAGAAGUCAAAAUUGAUACCAUGGGACCUGAAGCAGACCCUGAUGCAGCAACAAAGCCUUGA